GGGCGAGGGGGCAGGGGGCAGCGUGGCUGCGGGCGUCAGCUGUUUGUGUGGCGCGGAGAAGCUGGGCGGUCGACAGCGCUAAACCUAGACGCGUACUAGCUUCCCGUGGGAUACUACACGAAGACUUCCAGCCACUAUGGCGGGGAGGCCCACCCCCGGCACUCACAGUCAUCCCCACGGCUACCACGGCAGGACUCCUGUUGUAGCAGCACCACCGACGACUCCCUGUCACACUCCUCCACCCGAUGAAGCUGCCAUCGCUCGCAUGCGGAGCCUUUCUAGCGCGGAGAGAAUCAGGAGGCUGUCGCAGGCAGUAAAAGAGGGAGCUGUGGAAGAUGUGCGGGUGUUGCUGGCGGCAGAUCCACAAAUGGAGAGCGACAAAUACAGCAAGAUCCUGCGCAGGGCAGCAGGCAAGGGACAUGUGGAGGUGGUGAGAUGCCUGCUUGAAAGUGGGGUGGAUGUGGACGCCAGGUCCGAAAAGCACACCACACCUAUGCACAGGGCUGCAUGGAAUGACCACGCAGCUGUGGUGCGGCUACUGGCAUCAUACGCUGCAGACCCCAAUGCCAUGAGUAAGAGUGGGAGGACGCCACUGCACUGCACUGCACAAAAUGGCUGCACUGAGGCAGCUGUUGCGCUGCUUGAGGUGGGAGCUCACAGGUCUGCCAGAGAUCAUGAGGGGUACACCCCCUUUGACAUAGCUAGGGAGUGCAACAAUGAGCAGAUCAUACACAUUCUAUCAAGAAGACUGCUGCUGGCCAAACAAUUGUUGUUGCACUUGAGGCAAGAGAGAGACCUUCAACUAUGAAUGCAACAAGAGAACAACACAAUUCACACAAAAUGGUACACAGAUGAGGUGGUAACGAAAAUCGCAAAAGUACAUGACAAAAAGUGCUUUACUUUGGCCCAUAAAGCAAGUGAGUAAUUUUAAUUGACAGUGUAAGUCUAACACAUGUAUUUCUGUUACCUUAAUUAAUGGAAAUUAAUAUAUGUUUA